CGCGCGAAUCACUCCCUCAAACCAUGAUGGCGGCCGGUGGGACAGCGCGCCUCGCGUACACUUGAAACGGAAAAUCGUAACCUUGUCAUAUUCCAGUGUUGUUAUAUAUUAUAUUGGUGCACCAAUGAUGUUAUAGUGGUCAGUGUACGGCGGCUUUCGAGGGAUUUAUUUUGUGAUUCAGUGCGUAAUUAUUGUGUUGCAUGAGUGGUUCCGAUGGGGUGCUGGGUAGUGCGCGGGAUGACGGACGCCAUUCGCCGGCCACCACCGAACAACUAACGAAAUGCGUGACGGUAGAGCCGGAGUGCGUGGCGAUAGGUAGCAGAUUGCGCGGCGCGAUGGGUACGCGGCCGCCGGCGCGCUUCUGGCCCCAGCUGUGGGCCACCGUGCUGCGCAGUCUGCUGCUCAAGAAGCGGGACACCAGGAAAACCCUCGCUGAGGUGCUGGUGCCUCUUUACUGCCUUGGCGUGCUGAUUUUCCUCAAGAUGCUGGUGCCGAACCCCAAUUUCCCGGAGGUCAGCAAGCCGGGCCGCUUGCUGCGCAUCCACCACGACAUCCUUCCAGAAAACCAUUCCGUCGCGGUUGUCGCAGAUUGGGCUACGGCUAAUGGCACUGUUGGUUUCUUGGAAGAAAUCAACAACCAGCUGAUAGAGUCUAACCAGCACGCUAUCAACUGGGUACGCUACAACAACACCACAGAACUGAACGACGCUUAUCAUCUCAACGCGCGGCACUUCCCUAUCGCCGUCAUCUUUCACACAGACCCCAGUACCUUUGGGGAACCACUCAGAUACACAAUUCGAACAAAUCCCUCACACGCCGGCACGCCGUCUACUCGGACUUUGUACACUUCACCUGUGAAGUGCCGCGAGAGACCAGCGGCUAAAGACUGGUCUUCCGACUGGUCCCGUGGAGGCCAGCUCAUACCCUUAUCGGAGAUGCACAGCGAAGACACCUGCCCCGUUCUCCAAUACUAUUACUCCGGCUUCUUAGCUCUGCAGACGUUAAUCGAUUAUGUUAAGAUCAAGCUGGACACUGGUUCCCCACUCCCACCUCCUAGAGUGGACCUGCGUCAGUUUCCAAAGCGGCAACACACCGGCGACUGGCUUGUCAUCUUCCGUGUCAUCAUGCCCAUGUACAUGGUGAUGACACUCUCGCAGUUCAUCACCUAUCUUCUCAUGUUCGUUGUGGGGGAGAAGGAGAAGAAGAUAAGAGAAGGCAUGAGAAUUAUGGGAUUAAAGGAUUCUGUUUAUUGGGGUUCCUGGUUCCUUAUAUACGCUGUAUUUGUUACAAUAUUGUCUAUAGUCAGUACGGUCCUGUUAUUUACUUUGGGGGUUUUCCAGCACUCGUCUUAUAUCCUCAUCUUCCUUCUGAUGCUGCUGUUUGGUUUCACGAUCAUCACCUUCGCUUUUAUGUUGACUCCAUUCUUUGACAGUGCUAGGACUGCAGGCAUCAUGGGCAGUUUCGCUGUGAACAUUAUGAGCUGGUUGUACUUCAUCCAGGUGUUCGUGUCUAACGCGGACUCAUUGGCCUUCUGGUUUGUCUCUCUGAUUAGUUCCAGCUGCUACGCUCUGGCUAUGGAUAAGGCGUUAGUGUUAGACAUGGCGGGAGUAGGUGUGACAUGGGAUAACUUGUGGAGUGGUCCAGGUGUGCCAUUCGGCGGCAGCCUCAUCAUGAUGGCAGUUGACACCGUACUCUAUGGACUGGUGGCUUAUUGGUUGGAUGCUGUUAUACCCAGUGAGUACGGCAUCAAACAGAAGCCAUGGUUCUGUCUCCUACCAUCGUACUGGGGCGGAGGCCGGCGUGGCAGAGUCUCUGCUGUCCACUUCCACUCCAACGGCGAGGCCGCUCAUAACAAGGAUAUUGAGCCUGUACCAAGAGAGCUACUAGAUAAAGAAGCGAUUAGGAUAGUGGGUUUACAAAAGAGUUUCCGUCACUGUCGUAAGCCAGAGAUCAAAGCUAUUGAUGGGAUCGAUUUGAGCAUCUACGAGGGACAGAUCACAGCUGUUCUGGGUCACAAUGGUGCUGGGAAGUCAACACUCUUCAAUAUCCUGACUGGAUUGACAGCACCCACUGCUGGCACUGCUUAUGUGUACGGAUUGGAUGUGAGGGACCCUAAUGAUAUGCACGAAAUUCGUCAGAUGAUAGGAGUGUGUCCUCAACAAGACGUACUCUUCGACUUGCUCUCUGUUAAGGAACAUCUGCAAUUCUUUGCCGCUGUUAAGGGUAUACCAAGAAAACGUCUAUCAGAGGAGGUUCACAAAGCAAUGUCGGAGGUUGGUCUACUGGAGCAGGCGGAGGUCUUCUCAAAACAUCUCUCCGGUGGACAGAAGAGGAAAUUGAGCAUUGCCAUCGCAUUUAUCGGAGAUCCUAAAAUUAUAAUCUUGGAUGAACCGACUGCGGGUGUGGAUCCUGUCUCCAGACGGCAGACAUGGCGAAUCUUGCAGCGAGCACGCCGCGGCCGCGUGCUGCUGCUCACCACACACUUCAUGGAUGAGGCUGACAUCUUGGGAGACAGGAAGGCUGUCAUCAGCAAAGGCAGGGUUCGCUGUGCAGGAACUUCGUUGUUUUUAAAGAACAAAUUCGGUAUCGGUUAUCACCUAACACUUGUACUUGACGGUGCCUGUCGCGAGCAUCAGAUAACCCGUCUGGUGAGGGGACACGUGCCCCGCGCUGAGAAGGCACGGAGACACGGCCGGGAGCUGUCCUACAUCCUGCCUCACUACGCAGUACAUCUCUUCCCACCACUCUUCCAGGCUAUAGAACAUGAGAUCAAGGAAAAGACCAAUAGACUAGGUAUAACAAGCUACGGAGUGUCUAUGACGACGCUGGAGGAGGUGUUCCUAAGUCUGGAGGGAGAGAACGCUGAGGAGACGGAAGCGGUGGAGGGAGUCUCCUCCGUGAAGUUGGUGCGAGCGAGAGCUUUAUCCAGGAGUUUAUCGCUGCAGAGCAAGACGUUAAGUUAUCAGGAAUUGAACGACAAAGAGCAGCAGAAGACCACAUCUCUGCCAACACCUCCGCAUACAGCCUCACACGCCUUGCACUCAACCACACACGGAGUAGAACAUGUCAAGGUGCCAGUGGAGACCCCAGCAUCAGCUCUUGGCGAGCCUGUGAAGACGAGUCCAUCCUGUUGGCGUACAUUCUGUGCUCUUGUCUACAUCCGUACUGUGCGCAUGAUACGAGACCCAUACAAGUUAUAUGUCAUGAUAUUCAUGCCAAUAAUUUCCUGCGCUCUAGGUCUAUACAUAAAGUCGAGACAAAUUGUAUUUUUCCGAAUGCAACCACUCAAAUUGGAACCUAAUGCAUAUUUGAAUAGGACACCAAUUGCAUUGAACAGUGAACAGGACAAUUUGAAAGAACUCUUGGACUUCCGGGAUUCUUUAGAGACAUUGGGUGCAUAUCCUAUAGUGGAUUUCGAUGGAAAUUUUUCCAGUCUUCUGGAUAUGGAGAACUUUGGUGCAUUCAGUUUAAGAGACAGUGUAAUACCUUAUGGGAAGAUAAUGACGUACUUUAACAGCACUUAUACACACAGCCUACCUAUUAUUAUCAACUUAUUGGACAAUAGCAUUUAUAGGGUGUUAAUGUCAGCAUCAAACCAGCUGUCCAGUUUCAAGCCAAUCGAGGUGCUGACACAUCCAUUCCAGCAGACGGAGCAGCAGGAAGAGUUCAAUCUUGGCAACAUGGUGUGCGCCAUCUUUAUGGGCAUGAUAUUUGGUCUCGUACCUGUCACACUCGCAGUUGAUAUAGUUUAUGAUAGAGAAAUAAAAGCAAAGAACCAGUUGCGUGUGAAUGGACUGUCGAUGAGUAUGUACUUCCUUACUUACUUCACCAUCCUAAUCUUCAUCAUGGUCAUCACCAGUGUUGGAGUACUCGUGCUGGUAAUUCUUAACGACAUACCAAGUCUGACUAACGGAUCUGCAAUCACUAUGUUAUCCGGUCUGCUUUUAUUGUACAGUCCGUCCGCCAUUUUGUUUAACACAUGUUUAUCUUACAUUUUUGACAAAAUGGACUCCGCACAGAGUAUAAUGCCUAACAUAACAACAUGGAUUGGAGUUUUACCUUUCGUAUUGGUAGCUGUACUUGAUACUUUUAAAUGGGGUAGUGACAUCGCUUUUUAUCUUCACCUGGUUUUCAGUUUCCUGGACGUUAUGUAUAUACCUUACGCCAUAAUUUAUUAUGUUGAUAGGGUUUACUUGACAUGUAAUUUACGCGGUUUAUGUAUGGAGCCGGAGUUAUGGAGUUAUUUUACUGCUGAAGUCUGGGUUUUAAUUGUCGCCAUGUUGGUACAUGUACCUAUCUGUGGUGCAGCACUCCUAGCUGCUGACAGACUUAAGUCCGGCGGACGGAUAUGUCCGAAGAGCAGUCCAGCAAAGCGCGUUCUGGACACGGAGAGUGAGGCUGGCGGGGAGGUGGGAGAAGACGAGGAUGUACGGCGCGAGCGUCGGCGUGUGGCCGCCAUGUUGCAGCGCACACAACAACACGCGCCCGCUAACACACCUGUACCUGCACUCAUCGUACACAAUCUUCGUAAAGAAUACAAACUUCGAGGCUCGUCUUCCCGAGGUCUAUGUGAUAGUGAGGAGCCGCUGCGCAAGGCGGCACUGGCGCGGCUCAGCCUGGCGGUGCACGGAGGAGAGGUGUUCGGUCUACUGGGACACAACGGUGCUGGGAAGACCACCACCAUGAAGAUCAUCACCGCCGAGGAGAGGCUCACAUGUGGCACUGUAAUGCUGGGCGGUAAGAACAUUGAAGAGGCGCAGUCAUCCGCAUUCCAGAUGCUGGGCUACUGUCCGCAGCAUGACGCUCUCUGGAAGAAUGUCACCAUUCGUGAGCACAUCGAGUGCUAUGCGGCCAUACGUGGUGUCAGCAAAGCAGACACGCCAAGGAUAGUGGAUGCAUAUUUAAACGGUCUGCAAAUAAUGGAGCACGCGAGUAAGAACGCGGAGGAUUGCUCCGGCGGUACGCGGCGUAAACUCUCCUUCGCACUGGCUAUGGUGGGCGACCCUCGUGUCGUGCUGCUGGAUGAACCCUCCACCGGCAUGGACCCUCGCAGCAAGCGUUUCCUCUGGGACACUAUACUUGCCAGCUUUCAGGGUAAAAAAGGUGCUAUUCUGACAACACAUUCCAUGGAAGAGGCUGACGCGUUAUGUUCAAGAGUGGGAAUAAUGGUGAAAGGAAGUUUAAGAUGUAUCGGUUCGACGCAACAUCUUAAGAAUUUGUAUGGCGCUGGCUACACGUUAGAAAUGAAAAUUGGUCAAAAUAACCAGAAAGUGAUGUUAGAUUCAGAUCUAUCAAUGACGUCAUCUCCACUAAGAUCAGAUGAAAAUUCACCCUCCUUAGGAGAAGCAGAUGAAGGAGGUUCAGGUGGGGGUUCAGUGACAGCGGAGGCGGACGCUGAGGCGGAAGUUGAAGCGGAGGCGGUUGACAUCAGCAUACAUACACCGCUGGUCGCUGGUACUCCACCUUUACCUAGACAACAACAUCAUAGGUCAGAGUCUAGCGGUGGCGGUGCAGGCGCGGAGGCUGUGAUAGCUCUGGUGGCACACCUGUUCCCUGCUGCAGUACUGGAGGAGAACUUCGCUGAGCGUCUCGUCUUCUCAGUGCCACAGUCAUCCGUCUCCAGUCUGGCUAGAUGCUUCCAGCAGAUAGAAGAUGCAAAAGAAAAGCUGAAUAUAGUAGAAUACAGUUUCAGUCAGACUACAUUGGAGCAGGUGUUCUUAAAGUUUGCACAAACUGAAAAUGUCGAAUCUUCAGAACAGGAACAUUGACUAUAAAAUAAUUCAUUGUUUUAGAUAUUGUAACACCGCCACUUGGAAGACUUUGAUAUAAUCUGUAUUCUGUCAUCUGUCAGUUUUUAGGUUAGGAUAUUUUAAUUC